GAUCCGGACCGACUGGCUCCUGACUCGAAGCAACAAAGACGAACUUUCCGGCCACUCGAAGGCGAGAGAAAGGGUAUUCAUUCUGUUCUUGGGUUUGCCGAUGAUGAUGAGCUAUAUUCAAAUCCUGAAUUGGACUAUCCAACUUCGAUUCAGAGACUGGAAAGUAACGAGCCUUUUGGUCCGCAAGAGAAUAACAGGCAUUCAUCGAACCGACAAAUUUUGACGCCCAAGGGAGAAAAGGGAGACAGAGGCCCCAGGGGGCCUCCUGGGAUGACAGUACGUGGCCCCCCUGGACCUAUGGGCCCCGUUGGACCACCAGGCACCGAAUCCAGAGCAUCAAUUUUUGAAUCAUCAUGUGAUUGCAAUACUAGUUUAUUGCGGCAAUAUGUCAACGAUAUCCGACCUAAGCUCAUCCCUGGCCCUCCCGGACCACCGGGGCCAAUUGGACAAGUUCAAAUUGGAGCUCAAGGUCCACCCGGGCCUAAUGGACCCAAGGGAGAGCGAGGAGAUGUGGGCAAAACUGGACCGGAGGGUCUUAUUGGUCUGAAAGGCCAACCAGGUAGAGAUGGUUUACCAGGCCUACCCGGCCCUCCAGGCCCCCCUGGGCCUCAUAUGAUGUAUACGCCCUCUUUUAACAUCAUGUCCCAUCAGCAAGGUCAGGGUGGAUCCCAAGAAGCAGUCCAAGGACCCCGUGGAAAAGUGGGGCCAAUGGGACCCAGGGGGGAUGAGGGGGUGAAGGGAGAUCGAGGAUAUCCUGGUUUGAAGGGUGAUAAGGGUGAGAGAGGAUACGAGGGCCCUCCAGGUCCGCCGGGCCCAGGAGGUCAAGAUGGAAUGGCCGGCUAUCCGGGAAAUCCGGGUCCCUCGGGACCCAAAGGAGAACCCGGCCCGCCCGGCCCAGCUUUUGGAAACAAUUACAAUACCUAUGGAGGAUCAAAUCAAGCGCAAAAUAUGAUGGCUCGGAACUUGAAAGGGGAUAAGGGAGAGCCAGGCACCACAACGAUCAUCCACCGAGCUUCGUCCUCUCAUGCCCACGGGAAAUUCAAAAAGCAUCAUGGAGGCGAACAUCGCCACCAGCUUUCGGAUUGGGCACCCUCCCUGGAUGUGCUCUACUCUCUCACUGAUUUGGAGGCUGAAUCCCCCGAGCGUUUCCCUGUUGGAUCUUUGGUGUUUGUCCAAACAUUGGACUCAUUGCUUCUUCGUGGACAAAGCAGUUGGGCUGUCAUUGAGAAGGGUCGGUCGGUACUCGAGAUUCCCACCCCAUCGCAAGAGAGCAAUCAUCUGCCCCCGCUUUGGACCGACGAGACCACGUCAAAUCUGGAGAUUUCAAACCCGCCGUUGGAUUCAUUCGGCCAACCCGCUCUCAAACGGUUCAACCCGUUCUCCACCACGGAUAAAAUGGCUCCAGACGUGAACGCCUAUCCGUCUUACCCAGAUUCUCGACCGUCUUCGUUGCGACUGAUCGCAUUGAACUCUCCCCGGAAUGGUGACGUUCACGGAGUUUUGGGCGUUGAUUAUCAAUGUUAUCGACAAGCGCGCGAAGCCAAACUGGAUGGAACCUUCAGGGCCUUCCUCUCGGCCCCUGGGUCGGUAUCCAAAACCUUGAGUGGAGACAAUCUUCAGUCCAUCGUAAGGGUCCAGGAUCGAGACCUCCCGAUCGUCAAUUUGAAAGGCCAAGAGCUUUUUCCCAACUGGGGCGCUGUGUUCGAGUCCCGAGGGAAGUUUGAUACUCAAGCCUCUAUCUUCAGCUUCAACGGACAGGACGUCAUGAAGAGCAUGAAUUGGCCCAGGAAAUUAGCUUGGCAUGGGGGCGGUUCUUGGGGCGAGGCGUCCCAUUUCCACUGUCACGCCUGGUCUUCGGCUAGCUCCCUUCAAUUGGGGAUGGCUUCCAACCUGGAAAAAGGCCACCUCUUGGAUCAGCGGAAAGUUCCUUGUGACCAUCAAUUCAUUCUUCUUUGCAUUGAAACCACCUCGCACACUCUGUUUUCUACUUAAAGCUGCUCGCUUUUCCCCGGCCAAUUUUUAGCGUUCACCCGAUGGAAAUUCAAUGCGCCAUUCAAUUUAUUGCAAUACUUUCUUGAAAGAUGGCCCAAAAUUGGACUCUGGAAAGUAACAUUGACGUUUACGUCAAAAGAUUUUAUUCUCGACCAGGCCUGCUUUGCUCCGGAUUAUCACCUUAUAAGUCUACUUUGUCCAACUGUUGCCCGUACGUAAACAAGUCUUCCACUACUUACUCUCUGCAGUAAAUCCAAGUGCUCUCAAUUCGUACUAUUUGUUAUGCACUUACAUGCACACGCCUCUUUGACAACCAAGUCUUCCAUUCACCUCAACCACAAAGAUAUAUCGAUGAUGAUAUCGAUGAGCACAACAUAUUUGUGUCAAGGGUAAGGGCAACUUCAGUUCCUCUAUCACGUCUGCCCUAAUGUACUAUGUUUGAUAUCAAACACCGUUUAAAGUUAUGCACAAAUUCUGUUCUAGUUAUAUUCAGCUUUUUUGGAAUAAAUACGAUUGAAGUUUU